GGCGUGUCUCUGGCGAGAAGCGCGUCUUACAGCCCUCUUGUGUCUGCGCGCUUCUGGUCUGCAGCUUUAAUCUGCCAGCUGGUACGGGCGAACCACGUUGGUGAAGAGGAGUCUGCGCGAGUUGAGGUCGGCGGUUCCCACGGUGCCAGACGCGGUUCCGCCGUUGAGUAGGUACAGGCAGCAUUUGGUACCAGACUCCCGCAUCAGAAAGACCUACACAGUAUACAGACGUACGGUCCCGUCCGUCGGCGCAACUAGGUAUUCCUCAAUUCACCGUUCCCUGUCAUCAGCGUCGGCCCCUAUUUCGCCUAGCGGGAUCCCUUGCUCUCUUGUCACAGAUCGGGAACGUUGGGGGUUGUUCCGCCAUCCAUCAUUCCCUCGACCAAUCAGCGCCCAUCUCGACACUCUCCUCGCUGACACAGCUCUGGUCCACUGGUUCAUCCUCCAAUAUGGCUCCCAACGAUCACGUGGCUCCCAACCCCCAUUACCUCCCACCGCAGUCGGCCUUCCCCAAUGCCGUUGCCAACAACUACGACCAUCUGUUCUCAAGGGGGAACCAGUACAAUGCAUCUGCAGCAUGGGACCCGUACAACCAGGCCCAGUCUGGCUUGCAAUCGCAUGCACAGUCGCCCAAUCCGCCUUCUUGGCAUCACCCAUCUCCAGCUCUGUCUCAGCAGCAGUACAACGCUGCGCUGAGGAACGGAGCUGCACAGCAACCCUAUCAGACUGCCUCUCCUUACCAGUACGCUCGCUAUGACAGUACUCCGCCUGCCCACACCUUUGCACGCCAGCCUGCCGUCGACCCAGCUUUGACCCAACACCCCACUCCUGCUCAAGCACAGCAGUCCCCAUAUCAGCAACAGCUGCAGACUGCAACCCCACCGGCCCAGUCUACCGUAUCCCCACAAGUUCUGCAGCAGAAUGCUGUCCCACAGCAGCAUGCUCGCCCCGCAUCCCAGUAUCAGGUACCCAAGAGCACUGCCGACAUCUUCGCCCAGCGUGCGGCUUCUACUCCUCUGGCCUUGCGGCCGGUGAGCAAUCCCAAGUAUGACAUUCCUGCUGGGAAGGUAAUUGGCGGCUUGUACGUGAUUGAUCAAAAUGCUCUGGCCAAAGCUACAAACUCUGUUCCCCUGAAUAAAUUCGUGAAUAUCGGCACAGAGCCCUUGCACCUUGCCACAAAUAGAACCAUCCUGCCGACAUAUACUUCACGCCAAUCCCUCAAGGUUAUCAAAAAGGCCGGUGCUGGCCGUGCCAAGUUCAAGGACAGAACAUCGCACAGACCUUCACACUUAAAACUCGCCUUGAAACCGGGCACAACGAAGGUGGGCGCCGGAAGUCCCUCAGCACUGCAGCGGGAGGUGAGCGAUAGUGAAAGCUACACCGAUUCGGAUGAUGAUAGCGAAUAUACGAGCGACGAAGACGAGGAAUCUCCUUUGCCUGCCACCCGCCCGGAUGAUCCUCACCAAGCUGUGCGGUAUGAUGUCAUCAAGGCCAGUUGGUUCCCGAGGGCAUACCCAGUCAGUUCCGACAAGAUUAAACGCAGCCUUUCCGAGCUAUGGGAGGUCCUCAACACCAUCCAAAAGCGCUGGAGGGCCGAUUCCAAGGCAGUCGCAGAGGCCGAAGAGAAGAAGAAGACCGGAGAGUUGCCUGUUCUAAAGAGUCGCGUCUCGAGCCAGCGGGACUUGUUGCAUUCUGCUCUCAAUUCCGCUUUGGAAUUCACUCAUCCGGAUGUUUUGUAUCAUCUGGGGCAAGUCAAGCCUUUUAUCUAUCUUUGCUAUCAGUUCUUGGCGAAUCGGUUCAAAAUGCAGGAUUACGAUGGGCAGCUGCCAACCGUGAUUUAUAAAGUCUUAGCUCAGGCCGGAGGCACCUUAACCACUGAAAUCCUAGAGGAGACUAAGCUCAAUCGAGCAUUGAAUUCCAUGAAGAAGGUCUCGAGCGAGGCCAACAAGGCUCUUAUCCAGCAGAUAGUUGAAGCGGCUGCUGCAGGCUCUAAGAGAGGGAAGACGAGCUCACCGCCGCAAAGCGAUGCCGUCGAGCCCAAGGGUACGAAGAGGCAGCUGUCAGAACCUGCCUUCGCCGGUCGUCCCACUACAGACAACCCUGCAGCUAAAAAGCUAAAGCCGUCCGACACUGCUUCGGCCGUUCCGAAGAAGUUGGGAGCGGGUGACGCGAAUAACAAACAGCCAUCAACCGCCAUCGCGGCUCCGCAGAAGCGACCCGGCGAGAAGCCCGCUGCGGCCCCUGCAAAGGCGCGUGUCACUCAAGCUCCCGGGAAGCCCUCGAGUUUCUUUUCGACGCUGAACGCAGCGGCGACCAAGAAACCAGCACCCACAUCGUCCUCUGCCCCCACUUCCAAACCAACCUCUCAGCCCAAGGCAGCUGGUGUAGCAGUCGUGAAGGAAAAGAAGCCGGGCGCCGCUCCUGCGAAACCCUCGUUUUCUUUCGCUGAGACGAUGGCCCAGCUUCUCGAACCCAAGAAAGAGCCGACGGUAGAAGCGAAACCAGAAAAGAAGUUGCCCCCGGAGACUCCCGAAGAAAAGGCCAAACGACUUCGCAAAGAGGCUCGUCGGCAUCUUCGUGUAACAUUUCGGCCCGACGCCUCGUUGGUUGAUAUCAGAUACUUCAGUCACGAUCCAGAGGAAGAGCAAGGACACGACGAGAACUUCGUACGGGAUGCUGGAGAUAUUGGCGGCGAAGGCCGUAUGUUCAAGCAGCACCGCGACAUGAUGGACGAAGACGAGGACGAGGAUGAGACCGAGGUCACUCUAAUGGAGUGGAGACAACCAAGCUCCAUAGAUUUCAGCGCCGUGCCCGCAGAGGAGCGAGCUCGGAACUUUGAACCCCUGGGAGGCGGCGAGCAGAAACCCGUGUGUCCGGAAAAGGAGGCCAAUCAACGUCGCGAAAGCUCCGUCCUCAUCGUCAACUAUAUCGAUAAGGCGGAUAUACCACCCUCACCGAAAGAGCCGCCUGAGACUCCUCCAGCACCGGUUGUACCAGCAAAAGACUUCGGUGCGCCAACGGAUGCGCGUUACCUUGAGCGGGCUCCGAAGCUACCGGCACCUCAACCCGAUCUAAGCUUUCUGGAGAAGGUGUUCAGUCAACAUGCGGGGAAUGCGAAUGGUCAACAACAACAGCAGCAGCAGCAGCAGCAGCACCAACAGCACCAACAACAACCACCCCAACUCCCGCUAGCGCCAACCUUCCCGGUCCCGCAACCAGUCACUGCCACGCCUGCAUCGACUGGCACGGCCAAUCUAGCGGAAAUUCUCAGCAAAUUGAACACGGGGACCAAUGUAUCGACCACAACAGCAGUGCCACCCAGUAUCGAUGCAAAUGCGCUGUCUGCGCUAUAUUCGACGAUGCAACAAUACGGAGCUCAGCUGGGAGGGGCCUCGUUGCCACCUCUCCCUCCAGGAUGGCCUACAUACGGUCAAAAUCUGGCACCACAACCCCCGCCUCAACCAGAAUCGAACUUCGGAUAUCAACAGCAAGGUUCAUACAACCAGUCCGCUAAUGGCGCUUCCAAGCGGCAGCGCGACGAUGGCCACUAUCACGGAAACGAGCGCGGGCACGGUUCCUUCAAGAAACAGAAAAACGGCAGGAAUCAUGCGUAUACUGGCGAAAAGCCGCACAAGGUCAUCGCUUGCAAGUUCUACCCGCUGGGAACCUGCACCAAAGGGGAUGACUGCACCUUCAUCCAUGACGUUUAAGGGGCUUCUCGUCGGGCGUUACGACAUUGUGAAUUUCUGUCUGGAGAGUCUCACAACGAUUGCAUCGUGGUGAUCUUACUUCUUCGCGAAUCUUGCUUUUGGGCGGCUCGGGGAGAGACGGGGGGGUUGCGCAGGACCAACUAUGCAUCAGGGUUUUCUUCUCCCUUCUCUUUUCGUUUGCCCCUUCUUCCUCCUUCUUGG